GUCAAGCACCGAGUCUGCUCCUGCGCGCGUUCCAUGCGUGUGCUUUGCGCAGCUUGUGGCACGCAGCGUGCUGUCUUGGUCUCUUCUCUUGUUCGAGCUAUGGAGUUCGUCACCUUGCGUGCCGGCGGGUGCGAAGGAUCAGCUGUUUUCUUCGCUACCGAGCAACUGCUAUGUGUGCCAGUGACGACAGCGCACCACCUCGGGCUUGAGAUUCGCUCGCACGAGCCAGCCGGCCCGACUGGCCCGCAGCGCCUCGAGUUUCUUGACAGUUCCUCCGAGUGUCCGUCGUUUCUCGGCGACGUCCACCUUUUUGUGCCAAUCGUCUUUUUGAGCCUCCUUUCG